GCGCGCCCUUUGUUGAUUAGCGCGAGCUCGCGCAGCGCAGUGGAUCGACGUGCUGCGGCGGCCGCGGAGUGGAGGCAAUAAAGGGAAAGCUGGGCGGAGGGGGUGCUCGGGUACCGUGGCCGGAUUAGUUAAUGCCCGCGAGCAGCUAGUCGUAGGCGUAAUUAUUUUAAGGCAGCUGUCGCCGCUGGGAACUCGCGAAAGCUUCGCCUCUUUUGAGAAGCUCCACCACCACGCCUCGCCUAGCCCCCGCGCCCCAGCUUGCUCCAGCCUUCUAGUCCCCCGCGCCGCGCUUGCUCGCCUGCUGCUUGGUGUUGGUGCUUCUAGGGGGAGGAGGGUCCGGGUGGCUCGCGCGGCGCGAUUCGGCGAGCAUAUGGUGCGCAUUGGGCGGGGGAAGGAGGAGGAAGAGGACGAGCGGGAGCGGCAGUAGAUUCGGGAGGGGAGGCUCCUAGGGAUGGAGGGGAAGUACGGCGGGGCGAGGAAGAAGAGGGGGUGGAGGGGGCUGGCGGCGGCGGCGUGGCUGCUGCUGGCGGUGGCGUGCUCGGCGGCGAUGCACUGGCACCUGCGGCGGGAGAGCAUGGACCGCGCCGAGGAGCGGCUCAUCAGCAUGUGCGAGGAGAGGGCCAGGAUGCUGCAGGAGCAGUUCGGGGUCACCGUCAACCACGUCCACGCGCUCGCCAUUCUCAUCUCCACAUUCAACUACGAGAAGCAACCCUCCGCCAUCGACCAGGAAACUUUUGCAAAAUACACGGGGAGGACAUCAUUUGAGCGGCCACUGCUGAAUGGCGUGGCCUACGCUCAGCGUGUCUUCCAUCAUGAGAGGGAAAUGUUUGAAAGCCAGCAGGGAUGGAUUAUGAAUACGAUGAAGCGGGAGCUUGCACCACCCCAAAAUGAAUAUGCCCCCGUGAUUUUCUCCCAGGAUACGGUUUCCUACCUUGCACGCAUCGACAUGAUGUCUGGGGAGGAGGACCGAGAAAACAUUUUGCGAGCAAGGACUACUGGCAAAGCAGUGUUAACAAAUCCAUUUCGUUUGCUGGGAUCAAACCACUUGGGAGUAGUUCUCACUUUUGCUGUGUAUCGCCCUGAUCUUCCUGCUGAUGCAUCAGUUGAACAACGUGUGGAAGCAACUAUUGGAUAUCUUGGUGGAGCCUUUGAUGUGGAGUCACUUGUGGAGAAUUUGCUAAGCAAACUUGCUGGCAAUCAGGAUAUUGUGGUAAAUGUCUACGAUGUCACAAAUGCUUCGGAUGCUAUGGUUUUGUAUGGACCUCCAAGUUUGGAUGAUCAAGUGCCGCUCUUACAUGUUAGCAUGCUGGAUUUUGGAGAUCCAUUUAGGAAGCAUGAAAUGAGGUGCAGGUAUAGAGAAAAGCCUCCUAUGCCAUGGUCGGCCAUCACUAAUCCUUUGGGAACAUUUGUCAUAUGGAUGCUUCUGGGGUAUAUCAUUUGUGCUGCAUGGUCUCGAUAUGACAAAGUUUCAGAAGAUUGUAGAAAGAUGGAAGAACUCAAAACUCAGGCAGAAGCUGCUGAUGUUGCAAAGUCUCAGUUCCUGGCAACUGUAUCACAUGAGAUCAGAACACCUAUGAAUGGCGUCCUUGGAAUGCUGGAUAUGCUUCUGGGAACAGAUCUGACCAUGACUCAGAAGGAUUAUGCUCAGACUGCUCAGAUGUGUGGCAGAGCAUUGAUAACACUGAUAAAUGAUGUCCUUGAUCGAGCAAAGAUAGAAGCUGGAAAGUUGGAGCUUGAAGCUGUGCCUUUUGAUCUGCGUUCUCUCAUGGAUGAUGUCAUUUCCUUGUUUUCUUCAAAGUCACGGGAAAAGUGCAUCGAGCUUGCAGUCUUUGUAUGCGAUGAUGUUCCAAGGGUUGUUCUGGGGGACCCUUGGAGGUUUCGCCAGAUACUGACAAAUUUGGUGGGUAAUGCAGUCAAAUUCACAGAACGGGGUCAUAUAUUUGUCCGGGUCUGUUUGGCUGAGAACUCAAAUGUGGAAGCUAAUCAGGUCAUACAUGGAACCAUGAAUGGGAAAGAUGGUAAAGUUGAGUCAACAGCUAAUGGUGCCUUCAAUACAUUGAGUGGGUUUGAAGCGGCAGACAGACGAAAUAAUUGGCAAUAUUUUAAGCUGCUGCUCUCAGAUAAGGAGUCACUUUUGGAUGAUUUUGAUGGUGAAAAUUCUAAUCAAAAUGAUUCUGAUCGCGUCACAUUGGCAAUAAGCAUCGAGGACACGGGUGUUGGGAUACCAUUGCAUGCACAAGAUCGUGUUUUUACACCUUUUAUGCAGGCUGAUAGUUCAACUUCAAGGAACUAUGGUGGUACUGGCAUUGGUCUAAGCAUAAGCAAGUGUCUAGCUGAGCUUAUGGGCGGGCAGAUAAGUUUCACCAGCCGCCCUUUUGUUGGAAGUACGUUCACAUUCUCAGCUACGCUGAAACGCUCAUUCAAAGAUGCUUCAGCUGAUUCAAGUAGGAGCUUGUCUGAGGCACUUCCAACUGCCUUUAAGGGAAUGAAGGCCAUCUUGGUUGAUGGGAGACCUGUACGUAGUGCUGUCACAAGGUAUCACCUUAAGAGGUUGGGAAUCAUUGUUCAAGUUGUGAAAAAUAUGAGUGCAGGACUCAAAGCUUUUUCUGGACAAAAUGGAGCAACCAUUUCAAGGGAAAAGGCAGCCAUGCUUUUUAUUGAGAGUGACUUCUGGAGGCCUGAGACAGAUGUUCAGUUAUUGAAUAGUCUACGUGAGCACAAGAAUGGUCUGUUGUCUGAUGUGCCUAAGGUAGUUGUUUUGGUCACCUCUGAAGCUGACAAGGACAAAUAUGGAUCCAUAUUUGAUAUUGUCAUGUGUAAGCCUUUAAGAGCAAGCACAAUUGCUUCAUGUAUUCAGCAGCUGCUCAAAGUAGAGAUGCCUGAAAGAAAAGAUAAUCAAAAUCGGCCAUCAUUUCUUCGUAGCUUGCUGGUUGGGAAGAACAUAUUGGUUGUAGAUGAUAAUAAGGUCAAUCUCCUAGUUGCUGCAGCAGCACUAAAAAAGUAUGGUGCCAAGGUUCAUUGUGUUGAAAGUGGCAAGGAUGCUAUCAAUCUUCUUCAACCUCCACAUUGUUUCGACGCAUGUUUUAUGGAUGUUCAGAUGCCAGAGAUGGAUGGGUUUGAGGCAACCAGACAAAUAAGGCAAAUGGAGAUGAAAGCUAAUGAGGAAAGAAAGAACAAGCUGGCUUCGAUUGAAGGCUCAACAUUUGUUGAGUGCCAUUUGCCUGUUCUGGCUAUGACAGCCGAUGUUAUCCAGGCAACUUAUGAAGAGUGUAUAAAAUCAGGAAUGGAUGGAUAUGUGUCAAAACCCUUCGACGAGGAGCAGCUAUACCAAGUAAUCUCCAGAUUAGUAGUGGGAACAACGGAUUCGGCUGUUUAAUAUUGAGAUGAACAUAAUGGAUACGUUGAAGUGAAACAUCACCAUCUUGCUUCUGUCCAGCUGACACUAACUCUAACAAUCAUCUGUCAUGGCCUCACAACACUAGAUGAAAAAAGAUGAAAGUGCCGUGAGUUAGCUAUGCAUCACAGAUGAGAGGCAGUCCAGGGGAAUAUAGGUAGAUCAUCUUGUAAUUCUCUUCUUUGAUGUUUAUAGGCUGUUGUACGUUCUGACAGUUCAUUGCAAAUACCACAUCUUGUUGCAAACCCCUAGUUUCAGAGUACCCUGGAAACUUAAAAGGUGAUGGCCAUACCUGUUGUCUCCUUCUCAUGUUCCAUGAAGCUGUUUGCAUUCGUUCAGUGUGAAGGAAAAGUGCACCUGGAGUUGGUCUGUUCAUCGGUUAGAUACAAUGAAAAGCUUUUUUGUUCUGUACUGGUAA